AUGAAAAAAGUGUGUUUGGUUGGUCAACGUAAUGGAAUCAUCCAUUACAUAAGUCAUUCCAUUCCCUCAAAUUUAUUCCAUCCACUCCCCCUUUUUCUUCCAUUCCAUUCCCUCUCUCAGCCUACGUCACCUCCAUCAUUUGCCACCACCACCACCUACCGUCGUCACCACCCGCCACCAACCUCCGCCGACCACCACCACCGUCCUCCGCCGCCCGCCACCGCCGCUGCCCGUCGCCACCGCCAUCGACUACCAUCGCUGCCAACCACCAUCGUAAACCAUCGCCACCCCGACCACUACCGCCACCCUCCGCUGCCACCACCCGCUACCGUCGACCACCACCACCCACCGUCAUCGUCGCCACCACCCGUCACCACCACCAUCGACAACCAUCGCCGCCACCCGCCACCACCGACCACCACCACCCCGACCACUACCGCCAUCCUCCACGGCCGCCUCCCGCUACCGUCGACCACCACCACCCACCGUCGUCGCCACCAACAUCGACUACCAUCGCUGCCACCCGCCACCACCGACCACCGACCACCACCACCCAGACCACAACCGCCACCCUCCGCCGACCACCACCACCAUCCUCCACGGCCACCACCAGCUACCGUCGACCACCACCACCCACCGUCGUCGCCACCACCAUCGACCAUCGCCGCCACCUGCCACCAUAGACCACCGCCAACCCCGACCAUCGCCGCCACCACCGUUAACAACCGUCACCCACCGACCACCGCUACCACCGACCACCGCCACUAG